AUGCUUGCUUUGCGGACCGCAUUUGCUUCCGUCAGGAGAAAGGCAAGUCAAAUCCAUCGAAUGGCUUCAUUUGUUCCAGCGAAUCGUGUCAAAGAGGUAGGGCCCAGUCUAUGGGUGGAGUUCACGUCACUAGCUGCCGAAUGCCAAGCUGUCAAUCUUGGACAAGGUUUUCCCGACGGGCCGAUGCCAAAAUUUGUCGCUGAUAUAUUAGGAGAUAUUGCAGCUCACCCAGAGAAGACAGCAUGGCACCAGUACACUCGAAGUUUCGGCCAUCCUCGACUCGUCAACAUCCUUUCAAAAUUGUAUGGGGUUUUGUACAACCGACAGAUUAACGCGAACGAAGAGAUUCUUGUCACGGUUGGUGCUUAUUUGUCACUGUAUUACGCCUUUAUGGGAUUUCUUAAUCCUGGAGACGAAGUUUUAAUAAUCGAUCCAGCAUUUGACUCGUACGCUCCUCAAGUGGCAAUGGCUGGAGGUGUGCCGAUUCACUGUGUAAUGCCUUUAGCGGAAAACGCUAGAUCAAGCAACGACUAUCAACUAGAUAUUCGGCAGUUACGUUCGAAAGUUAGUCCCAAAACAAAGAUGAUUGUUCUGAACAAUCCGAACAAUCCAACAGGUAAGCUGUUCACUCGUGAAGAGCUUGAAGAAAUUGCUGCAGUAGCAACCGAGUUCGACUUAAUUGUUGUGGCGGAUGAGGUUUAUGAGUGGCACGUUUGGGACAAGGAAAUGAUUCGCUUUGCUACCCUUCCUGGAAUGUACGAUCGAACUAUUUCUAUAGGAAGCGCGGGCAAAGCGUUCUCUGUUACUGGCUGGAAGUUAGGUUGGUCCAUAGCUCCAAAACAUCUGAUUACUCCUCUCAGGAUGGUGCACCAAAACUGUGCGUUCACCUGUAGUACUCCAACUCAGGAAGCUCUUGCGGUGGCAUUCGAAAAGGAACUUGAACUUUUCUCUAGUGAUCCCGGUCAAUCAUAUCUUCUAACUGGUCUUCCCAGUGAACUGCGAAGGAAAUGUGACCAACUUUUCAACAUGCUCUCUGAAGCGGGUUUCAACCCAAUUCGCCCUGAUGCUGGAUACUUCAUGAUUGCUUACUUUGGAAGUAUCGAAGGUCCAUUCAAGAACUCCGAACCUUGUCGCGAUAACCUCGAUUUCCGUUUCGUGAGAUGGCUAUGCAGGGAGAAGAAACUAGCUACAAUACCGGUAUCAGCUUUUUACAGUGAGGAAAACAAAACGGGGAACGACAACACGAUUCGACUCUGCUUCAUGAAAACUGACGAGACGCUUAAUGCAGCUCACAAGAUCCUGAAGAAUCUCAAGUGA